AUUUUUUGUAUUUUCUUCUCUCUAACAAAAUGUUUCACUUAAUUUCCUUAGCAAGUUUUUCCAUAAUUUGUAUAUUUCUCUCAUCGAUACUUGGUGUUAAUUGUCAUCUUCUAAUCCACGAAUCAAAUGUUUGGAUGCCAAUUUUUAACAACAGUUUAACAGAUCCUUAUUUCUUUGCUAUUGGUGAUAGAUUUUACUUAAUGUCAACUCAAAUUCUCAACACGGACCCUAGGGCAGUCGGCGAAGAAAGAAGCGCGACUUAUUUCACACCAGCUUAUUCUUAUUCGCUUGGGUCCAAUCAAUAUCUUUUGCACACUAAGCAAGCCUCUCAAUCAUUCGCUCAUUAUUAUAAUAUUGGUCUCGAUUCACUGUUUUUUUCAGUACGUGACAUGCCCAAUGAAGUCAACGGGCUGCAUCGUUGGACUCGAUUCAAUACUUCAUUGUAUGGAAUUGGAUUGGCCACCGAAUUCGAUUUGACGCAUGUUCCAGCGACUCCUCAACGAUCUGCAACGUUAUUUUCUUUUGUGACAUUUGUUUUGUCCGAUCAAAGUUUUCUGUACAUUCGUAGUACUUUUUCUCCAAUCGACAGCACCGUUGGCUUAUUUCAAAGUCUUCAGAGUUUCAAGGUUAAUGAGAGAAUUUACUCGUUCAACCUUAUAGAAUUUCCUAGACAAGAAAGAGUAGUUUACUUUAUCUCUCAGAUAUCAAACGUUAUAAUUAACCCGGGAAUUUCUUAUUAUAACUACAAAGAACUGCAUGCCCCUUUAUUUUACCAUAGGUUUGGUGAAGUUGACAAAGUUCGAUUUGUGAAUUCAGUUUCUCUCAUGCGAAAUGCUUCAUUAUCGUCAUUCAUUGCAGUCUCUAAUCGUCUUUCUGAAAGAGAUUAUAUUGCAUUAAUUCCGUUUAGUUCGAUAAUCAAUUACUUUGAAAGGCCAUUAGAUGGUUGUAGAACUACUGAAACUUUUUGGGAUCAUAAUAUUUACAAUGAUAUUGGGUGUCUUCGUGUAAGCCAAAGAGACGGAGUAGAAGUAUCUAUGAUAGUAGGAGAGUUCCCAAGUACUAAUCUUUAUCGUAUUCUCGAUGGUUCUUGGAUUCGAAUAAUUGAUUUCGUUCCAUUGGCUCUCGAAGCGACUCCUGGUUAUGUUUUCCUCGUUCUUUCCGCGGACUUUGACUUUACCAGAUAUCGAUACUCAAUUCACUUUGUGGAUGAAAAUUAUUCUGACUCAACCCUUUUCUACGAAACGGAGUUCCCUCAUCAUAAUAUCGGUAAUGUAAAUCGAGCAGUAUCACAAAUUUAUUACUACGGUUUCACUCAUCCACGAGUCAUAAUUAAUAUUAAUCAGUAUUCUUACACUGAAUCAAUCAUUUUGUGUCCAUUUCUGAACAAUUCAUGUAUUGAUUGCUUUACAACCAAAGUUUAUGACAGAAAUGGUAAUUUUCUUCGACAUUGUCAAUGGGAAAGACGUUCAUUAACAUUGGGUAGAUGUUCAAUCCCUAAUUUACGAUCCCCUGAUACGAGAGAAAUUUUGUCCACAGGUUACACAGUAAAUCCAUGUUUCACGACAACUAAUAUUCAAUUAAACUACAGGCCUAACAGAAUGAACUUUGAUUUGAACUUCGAUCUCAUUGGUUUCCAUUCAAGAUAUAGAAAUAUUUUCCCAUUGAAUAUUACUUUAGUCGACCGAUCAACAUUUUCCUUUAAUAGUCAUUGUUCACCUGUUCGGUAUCGUCAGUCAACGAUUUAUCUCAACUGCGAUCAGGUGAAUCCUGGUACAUAUAGAUUAGAAAUUCUUAUGCCUAGACGACGAGGUCCAUUUGAAACAAUAGACAUGGACAACUUGAUUACUCACAGUGAUCCUUUCAUCAUUGAUUCCCCUCCUCCACCUCCUCCACCUCCUCCACCUCCUCCACCUCCUCCACCUCCUCCUCCUCCAACUCGACCUCCAACUCGACCUCCACCUCCUCCUCCACCUCUUACUUAUCCUCCACUUCCUCCAACAACUCGUCCGCCUCUACCUCCUCCUACAUUUCCUCCUAUUUCACCGCCUGAAUUUGCACCUUCUCAUAGUCUGUUGAUAAUAUUACUAACUUGCUCCUUCAUUAUCUCUAUCAUUGGGAUCGUUGUAUUUUAUAUUGCGACCAGAAAACUAAAGGAAGCAAUGGACAAGCGAAAAAAUUAUCCAGCCAAAGGAUCGCGACUUGACCAAAGAGUCCGUUAUAAAUCAUUAUUAACUUUCAAAUCUCUAUCAGCAUUCAUACCAAAGAUCUAUUCCCGUCAAUUGAUCAGCAAAAAAAUCAAUCCAAUUAAUCUAAAAACCAAAACCAUCGUGACACCUAAACUGUCAAAAAGAAUGAGAAAAGAAUCUCCUAAAAUAAAACCUAAAAGAUGA